AUGGUUGAUCUGAAGAGGAAAACGAUAGCGUGCGCAGUUCGCAAAGAGAACACUCGAAAGUCAAAAGCUGCGCGACGCUCGUUGGAGAAACACGUAACGAGCGGCUCGGCGCUCGGAAACCGCCAUUUCCUUUGUGGAUUGUCCACUGGAUUGCCCUGUUAAACGAGUGUUAGGUUGAGUUAGACAUGAACUAGUAUAGCAAGUAGAAGACUUAGCUGUAGAUUUCUCAGAGUAUUGAUGGUUAAUUCACAACAUUUUUCGGAAGAGUUUGAGAGGGGGAAAGAGAAACUCAAGUGAAGGCGCUGCAACACAAAAAAACUAAUUUUUUCUGAAGUCUUCAAUUAUUAAUGAAUGAACUGUACUACCGGCAACUGCUAAAUAACAGAUAAUAAAAAAACAGGUAUUUGAUUUCAAAGUAAUUGAAAUACAAGUGGCGCCAUGAAUAAAAAAAAGAUAAAUUGCUGAAAGUUUUUUUUAACAAACCAAGCUUAAAAUAUACUUUGCAAAAAACAUGCAAAUUUGAAGAUUUUCCAUCGAAACUAUUUUUUUUCUGGAUUUAGACAGCUUCUCACUAGUUUAUAGAAAAAACGAAAAUCAAUGAAUAUUUUUGUAUGAGCGUACUUGAGUAUUUUUGACUGCCUGUUAAAAAAGACGUACAUAAUUUUCUCACUAUACUUUUAAAAAGAAGCUCUCCUUCAUCGACCUCCACUUUUUGCGAACUUUUCGUAGGUCUACUCAACUUCUCAGCAAUUGAUCACCCGACGCCUUAUGAGGAAUUCCUGAGGGAUUUUCUCCUGCAGCCGACCAACGUGCCGCGCCAUUACUCUUACGUGGCCAAAAAUACACAUGCCGGUGACACGUCCGCUUCUUGUCUCUACACAUUUUCCCUUCAGAUAGUUUUAAUUUUGGAUAUUCAAAAAAAAUGAGCUCUUUUUUAGAACAAUAGGUACUAAGGUCGCUUUGUUAGUAUUCUAUUGGGUCCUAUACAUUUUGUGGACCGACCGAUGGAUUGAAAUAACUGACAAAUCAAAAAAAAAAUGCGAAGAUUGGAAUGGAUAGAGUACACGAAAAUGAACAAAAUUGAAUCCGAAAGAAAACCCUUUCUGUCAAAUUGUAGCGACAGCACUUUUUUCAAUUGACGUCUUCAACCACACCUGAUUUAUGAAGGAAUAGUGUAGGGCGCUUUUUUUAGUCGAACGUACAAUCAAAUCAUAAAAAACCGGAACCCAAAUGAAGGAAAAAGAGCUCAGAUCUCAUGCUCGCACCAAAGAGCCCCGCAGGGAAUAACGUACUAGCGGAUGAUCCAGAAGAACAGAGGGACCCCAUAUGUCAAAAACGUCUCGAAGCGGCCAUAAUUCGUGGCGAGAACCAAUUUGGCGGGAGCUGGUCGCAUCGGAUCCUUUGCGGGGCUUCGUUCCUCCUUUUUAGCGACAAUUAAAGUUCUGCUGUUGCAGAGAGAUUAUGAGCUGAGCUUUUCUCUCACUGGCUUAUUAGACAAGGUCUUCUACAUCCUCCGAACAUAGAAUAAAGGAAAGGAAAGGAGAAAAAACAGCUGACCCAAUUAGAAAACACCAAAUAAGCCUGGAUUUCAAGUGGGGCAGUUUUCCACACGGUGGUCAAAAUUAAUAACUUGAAGAUUAAUAUUUAUCGAGAACAAGGCUGGAAAUCCAUUCUAAAACUUUAACAUCAUUCGUGAAACAAUUCUGAGAAGCUCACAAUCUCAUUAUUUUUUUGUUCGAUUUUUGAUCCUGUUCAAAAAUCCCAAUGCUUUUUUGAAAAUCUCAAACUUCAUGACGAAUUUACAAUUAUCGAAUCAGUUAUUUAACAAAUUCGAAGCUUCAAAAAAGAAAAAAACAAUUGCACUUUUUAUACGAAAAAUUAAUCUGUGCGAAAGUAAAUUUCUGAGUACAAUAUUCGGUGUAGAUGUUGCAAGUGGUCAAUUGAAAAAUGGACACUUCGAAAUAAGAUAAAUCGGGGGCGCCUGAGGUCCGGCGGCAAAGUCUUGAUUGCGAGUUUUGACGGCCGGCCGACACGCAGUCGACGGCUCUGACGACGAGAUUAGCCAUGCAUGCCGUCUUUUUGAGACAGAAGCUUUCUCAGUUGAAACGUACUGAUAAUGAAGUUAGAAUUUUGUAACUUUCAACUCGAAACUUUCAGUUUGAGAACUUCAUAUUUGUGUUCACGUUGAAAAUUUGAGUCAAUUUCAAUAAUUUUUUUGCAGAACUGACUCAUUUCAAAUAGGUUAUGCAUUGAGGGUUUCAAUUCAAACUUUGAUCGGAUGAGAUUUUUUUUUGGAAGGUCUAAAACAAGAUUUAUUUUGACUUCAAUCUCGAGAAAAAUGUGAAUCGCUGAAGUUUGACAUGUAAAAACUGAUAAGGACUGCCCUUUCGAGAGAAGUAUCUAUACGAAAUUCUGACCGAAAAUAAUGAAACACUUUGUGAAAUAUAACAUUUAUCAACCCCAUGUAAAAAAGGAAAAACAAAUUUCAGAGCACUCCGAAAAAGUUCUGUAGCCACAUUGAAGAGCAAGCUGGACCUGAGCUGAAAGACGAUGCGCCUGCAAAUAUUAUAACCACUCGAAAAGUCGAUUCUUUCCAAAGAUUCCACAAAUAUCGCAAUGUUUCUCCAAAGCUUGGUGUUAAUUUCUCAAUGAAAAAUAUUUAAUGCCGAAUAAAUGAUAACCGGGUAAAAAAAUUCAAUUAGUAUGGAAAGGUAGAACUUUUUAGUUGUAGAGUUCAGGAAAUUUUUUUUUUGGUCAUAGUUUUCAGAAUCGAAUUUGAAAUUGUGAUUCACCCUGGCUUCAAUUUUAUUUAGUCAUGCCCCUUGAAGCAAUUAAGAAAACGUUUCGUUGAAAUUUCAUUCAACAGCGAGAAGAAAAUCGAUUCAAAAGCCAUAAAAUAGUCGAGAAAUGGGUGAAACAGGUAUCAGUGAAAUGUUAUGAAAGCGAGAACCCCGAUGUCUUGACAUGUAGCCAUGAAAAUAGAACAGAGAUUUCUAUCAAAACAUUGCGCAAUCCUUGCUGAUUCUUGCAACUUUCUCAAAAAACUCGACUGAGUCAUUUCGUAUUUUGACUGCAAAUUUAUGCCGUUAGAUAUGACAUUAAAACGCUGAUUGGAAAAAUCAAUACUUUGAUAAACGCGCCUAACAAUCACCGACUUUCCAUUUUGAUGCUUCUACUUUUUGCAAUAUUCUUCCUUUUUUCUGUGACUUGCAAAAAUGAAAAAACACUUGACAUUAGCAUCAGCGAUGAAAGUCAUAAAAUCGAGGUAAUUUUAUUUACAAUUGAAAAUCUUGAGGGAGAAAAACGAGUAAAAUUGACUUUUCAGGGGUUUUUUCAUGAAAAAAUCAACACAAAAAUAAAAGAAUAGCCUGGUUUUCUGAUAAUUUUCCGUUUUUUUUUUUCAAAAAGUAAGAAUUUUCAAAUUUCAGACGUACCUUGGAAGCCAUUACCUACAAGCAAAACCAAACGACACUGUUGGAAUUGAAUGUCGUUGUUCUGGCCAUCCAAAUUGCAAAUGUUUGUUCGUAUUACAACAUACUCACAGCAGAGAAAGUUCAGAUGGUUUAUCAUUCACGGUCUCUGACGAUUCUGAUCCCGCGAGUCCCAGAAUAGGCAUAUUUCACGAUUUCGAUGAUCCCGGUUAUUUGAAAUUGAUGAUAACAAACAUAUCGGUAAUUUUUAUUGGUUUUUUAUCGAAAUAAUAUAAUUCCAGAUCUUUGAUUCUAAGCGUUACACGUGCCAGAUGAACUAUAAUCCGGAUUUAAAUGUGUCAAUUCACUUUUUCACUGGAGGUUAAAAUUUUUUUUGAAAAAUUAUUUUUUUCGAUUUUUUUGAAUUUAACUUGUCAACUUUUUUUCUGGUAUUUUUUUAAAAAAAUUAGCUCAAGUUUACUUUUUGAUGUGACUUUUACUGAAAAACGCUUUUUUUCCUUCCAGAAAAAUUUUUUUGAUCAAUAGUUGAAUUCCCAGACUGGAGUACGGAUUUUUUUCGUCCCUUCCAAAGUUGACGGUUUUGUUGUCAAAAGCGAAGAAUUUGUUGUUCCUUGUCGUGCUUCAAGGUUUUCGAAAAACGUGACUCUUCGAGUGGACAACGUUCUUCAGAACUUUCCGUACAAUCCCAUGUGAACCGAUUUUCCAUUGUUUUAAAUUAAUGUUUCUUUUCUCAGGUUAGGCUUCAAGGUUUCAAACUGUUCUCUAACACAACAAUUAUACGUUUGUAAGUAUGGAGAGGAGGAGGCGAGUUACGAUAUCGGGCCUCAUGCAACGUUUGAUAAGCACGAUAUGGAAAUCUUCAUUAAAUCAGUGAGUUUCCUUUAUUUUGAAUUUCUUCAAAGUUACCACUCAUGAAAUUUGUAGGAACUGGUAGAUGAUCAUAUUUUUCAAGUUUGGUGCACGGUCAAAAGCAACAAGAGACUAGACGACAAGAAUUUGAUGAAACUCGAUUUGAUUUGUUCUCCAGAAGCCAAAGAACAUUGCGCAAAAGUAAAUUUAAACAUUUCUAUUUUUGAUUCCUUGGAAUUUUCUUCAGAUCAUUAUGGUAAAUGCAACUUCCCGCCUAUUUACUGGGAGAACAACGUUUCUACAUUGGACUGAGAACUUUUCUGGAUUUUUUGCUUGUGUUCUCAGUUUUGAUGGCAUUGAGCAACUGAUACACGAAGAAUUCGUGAUUUUCCCUGCACCGCCACACUUGACUUCUUAUCCGAAACUGGCAAACGCUUACAACUAUCAUAAGAUUAUUUUUUGGCUUGUUGUUAUUUUUUCGUGCGUACCGAUAUUGUUGAUUUCGAACUUUUUACGCAGUCCAGAAAAUCGAGAAUUUCUGAAAUAGUAAGUUUGGAAAUGAAGUCUUUUCACGAUUUGAAUUUAUUUCAGUUUUUUCAUGAACGAUCAUGAAACAAUUCACGUGAACGACAGACUUUUCAACUUUUCCAAAGAGGUAAAAAUUUUUUUCACUUCUUACUUAUCAAACUUUUACAGGAAAAAAUUGGAGAAGGACACUUUGCGCUGGUUUUUCUCGGCUGUUAACAUCGCUCUCAAAACACUACACGAAAGUUCGGAAAAAGUCGCGCUGAAAUGUGAGAAUAUUUCAAAAUAAAAAACAAUUUAUUAAAGAUCUUGAGAUCCUCGAGGUAUACAAGAUCAGAAAAGAACCGAAAUAAAUAUGCUGGAAAAUGAAGCGACGGUGUUGCAAAGCCUUCGGGGACAUCCGAACGUCAUCAAGUUUUUUUCUUCGGAAUACAAAAGGUUAAAAAAAGAAUAUUAGCUCUGAAUAAUGUAUUUUUUUUCAGUUUUUGCUGCUUAAACUACGAGCUGCGGUACAUUGUCCUCGAGUACUGCGGAAAUUAUUCCCUAAAAACAUAUUUGAAAAAUUAUCAAAAACCAGUUUCCGAUCGGUGUCAAUCUUCUCUUCUUUAUGACCUCAAGUUCCCAUCUCAAGUUAUACAAAAAAAACAACUGAAGGACAGAAAUGUUAUCUCAGAGAUCAGAAGAGACUGAAAAUGUGUUGCAUUUUUUCGAUUUGUGUUCAUAUGGGUGGCAAAUAGCACGAGGAGUACAGUUUUUGCAAACCAAAAAGGUUAAAAAUUCGGAAAGGGGUUCAAAAAAGAAUCAGCUAUUUCAGUGUGUUCACGGAGACCUUGCCCUGCGUAACGUUUUGUUAACUACCGAUGGAAUUUGCAAAAUAUCUGAUUUUGGACUAGCUUUCUUCAUCGAUCAGCCUCAGAACAACAUGGACGGAAAAAGAAAGAUUUCCUAUGCUUGGAGUCCUUUGGAAACUUUGCAUACCGGUUACCCAACAUUUGAGGUUUUAUGAUAUAGGGAUUUUUGUUCAAUGAAAAAGUUUAGUCGGAUAUUUGGGCGUUCGGAAUUAUUUUACAAGAAAUCUUCGCUCUCGGAGACGAUCCUCAUCCGGAAAAAACCUUAGAAGAGUACCAAGACUUUUUGAAGUCUGGUGGAGUGGUUCCUUGUCCGCACUUAUGUCCUGUAGUUCUGUGAGUAUCAUCUUUUCUGUCAAAAACUUUUUUUCCAGAUAUCAAGUAAUGAAAACGUGCUGGGAAAUGGAUCCGAGGCAACGGGCGACUAUCGGUCAUUGCGUGAACAGCCUCCAAACUUUGUUCCUAGAUGUAGAUUCAAAUGUGAGAUCUUAUUGGCUUCUCGAAAAGCAAAAUUUUCAGAAAGCGCGGGCUUUAUUCAACAAACUAACGCAGUCGAGUUACAUCGAGUGCUCUCAGAUCCAAUCACCAAGUUCUGAUUCGAUUCCAUUUCUUGCAGCAGAUGUAGAAAUGUCUUCUUUAUGA